AUGGCCCCCGGAUGCCUUGAGCGCGAGGGGUCUGAUGCGGGUUCGGAGGAAGAUGAACUGGUGCUGACUGAGUCAAUCAUUAAUGCCUCCGCUGCAUUUGACGCCGGCGAAAAUAUGGAGACGGAGGAGCCACUCGAGGACCUCGACUGGGAUGAUUAUCUGUUUGAGGCCACGAAUCAGUUGCGCGACAAGCCAAUUGCGCGCAACAAAAAUGCAAAUACGCGUGGUGCGGCUCAAAACGGUGUCUGGUAUCCUUUCAAGAACAAGGAGACCUCCGGGACCGGCCGACAAUGGGAGACCAUCAUAUCUCAGACCGCCAACCUGUGGGAAUUGGGGAAGAACGGUGUCAAGUCGCACUUUGAUGAUCAAACUAAACUUGUAGGUGUUCGAGACAAUAUCAACCGGCGAUUUGUUGAAAUCAUGCAACAAAAAGAUAAUGCCUCCCAACAAGACGAAAUCAGAAAAAUGGAGGAGGAGGAUCUGGCGCAGCUGUUCAACCCUUUUUUAGGCCUGCUAGGUGUCACGGCUUCCUCCUCUGUCUUGUGA